AUGAGUGACAGCCAGGAGGGAGGAAGACAUGAUCCCGUCUAUCAGUUCUUCACAGAGAGCCACAAUAUUACCUCUGAAGCUCAAUUCAUCAUUGACUCGUUCCCCAAUACGGAUUCAGCAGCUGUGGAGCGUGUUGUUCACCAACUUAUUGCGAUACGUACAAUCCUCCAUUCUUUCCAUGAUCCUUAUGGCGCAACAUCUAUCGAAGAUAUCGAAGAGCUUCUCACACUUCGUCUCUGGCUAGAUGUACGCAAGGAUUCUCUGGAAACAUUUCGUCAGAUCUUUGACUACCUGGAGACUAAUAAUCUUUGGGAUAAGGAGAAUACUGUCCACUGUCUUUGCCUAUUUCUGGUAUUUCAACCGCGUAUCCAGAGCCCUUUGAACAGGACCCGCGAUGCAUGGAACCAUCACAAGAUCAGGACAGCCAGCCAUCGCACACCCAUUGCAAUGUACGAAUUGAGCCGAGAACAAGCAAUCCGGAGGGGUUACUGGAUGGGGGAUGUAGGCGACGAUAUUGAGACUGCCAAUGACCCUUUUUACGGUGAAGAAGGCGCAUUGGGUGGUAAUUCCUUGAUUCCACCACCAGAGGGUUUGGAAGAGGGAACGGAAACGCAUUUGAAUGAGGACCUGCAUUUAGAGCUAGCGAAGGCACUUCUGGGAGAAUUUGACUAUGAGAGAGAUGGUGGGAAUUGGGAGAUUGAGGUCUAUUGUGAAGCGGUGAUUAAGAUGGAGAAUGUGCUUUGGAGUAAUGAUAUAGAUAUACCCAUGCCAUAA